UACGUCUCUCUCAAGAUAAACUGACAAACGACGUCGUUGCAAAUAUCUUCUUCUCCGUUGCUCUGAAACACAGUAGAGAAAGCUGAAAAAAAAGGCCGAAGUUGCGAAAAUGUGGCACAGGACAUUUCCAUCAUUUCGCAGGAUUCUAUCAUCAUCUUUCUCCACGUCACGCGCGAAGCGCGUGGGCACUCACAAUGGAACCUUCCACUGCGACGAAGCACUCGCUUGCUUCAUGCUUCGUCUUUCCAAACUCUUCUCCGGCGCCGAUAUCGUUAGAACGAGAGACUCGAACCUUCUCGAAGUAUUGGAUGCCGUAGUCGACGUUGGACGCGUGUAUGACCCGAAACGACACCGUUACGAUCAUCAUCAAAGGGAUUUCGAUCAAGUUUUUGGAAAUGGUUUCGUAACUAAGCUUAGUAGCGCUGGACUUAUCUACAAGCAUUUUGGAUUGGAGAUAAUUGCAAAUGUGCUUCAUCUUGAUGAAGAUCAUCCUCAUGUACACCAGUUAUAUCCAGCUAUAUAUAGAAACUUUGUAGAGGCAGUUGAUGCUGUGGAUAAUGGAGUGAGUCAAUAUGACUUGAAAGAAUCUCCGAAAUACAUAAUCAACACAGACUUGGCAUUUAGAGUAGAACGAUUGAACUUCGACUGGAUCGAUUCUGAUCAGUCAGCUGAUGCAGAGAAUGAGGCCUUUCAUCGGGCAAUGGCUCUGGCUGGUGGUGAGUUUGUGGAGAAUGUGAAUUAUUAUGCAAAAUCAUGGUUACCGGCACAGUCUAUUGUUAUGGAGUGUCUUGCAGCAAGAGAAACUAUUGAUUCUAGUGGAGAGAUCAUAAAACUAAAUCGAUCUUGUCCUUGGAAGCUUCACAUACAUGAGCUCGAGGAGGAAAUGAAAAUCAAUCCUUCCAUCAAAUAUGUUCUUUACCAGGAUGAUAGGAGUGAAACAUGGAGAAUACAGGCAGUGGCAAUUUCACCUGCUACAUAUGAGAACAGAAAACCACUACCAUAUCUUUGGAGGGGUUUGGAAAAUGACAGGCUAUCUGAGGUUGCUGGAAUCCCAGAUUGUACUUUUGCGCACAUGAGUGGUUUUAUUGGAGGAAAUCAAAGUUAUGAUGGAGCACUAGCAAUGGCAAGAGCAUCUUUAAAGGCUUAGGCAAUGGUAGGUUAAACAAAUACCUUUUUCUUGUAUUUUAAUUGAAAGGGUGCUUUUGUGGUUCCAAAACAUGGUUCACGUGCAUCAGUGAAUUGCAAAAUGCUGCUAAGUGAUAACAUGAUGCUAAUAAAUAAAUCCUUUCAUGUUAAAGCUAUGGAGGCAAUCUUUAGAGAACGUAACAUGACAUUUUCUCUCAUACUAAAUUUCUACACCAGUUCAAUGUUUACAUUUCAGUUCAUCCGUUCUGUCCUUUGUGUAUCAGCAUCCUCAUUAUGGUCAAAACUAGGUCCAGACUUCUCGGCAUGCACAAUGCUGACAAUAUUUCACUCCUCUGCUACAGCUGGCAGAUCCUCUUUAAACCAUUUGUAAAGCCCACCUUCUAGAUGGAAGACGUUGUUGUACCCAUUAAGGACUAGCAAGUAAGCUGCUAUUAGAGAUCUGUGAAAGUACAAAAAUGUGAUCAUUAGAGCAGCCAAUCAAUGAUUUUAAUAUUAUAUUUCACAAUUACAUGAAAAGUGGUAUGCACCAUGCAGCUUUCAGCUAUAUCACUUUCUCUAUUCUUACAUCCAUGCAAUCCAAGUUAUUAACGGCACCUUCCCUUGUGUAUUUUAGCCGAUGAAGAACUAAUUUGUCUUUUUAUUACUCUCUCUGGUCUUAUAUCACAUGAUUACUGAAACAAAUUGGCAGGAUGGUUUACAAUAAUACGAAUGUCAUUCAUCCUGUCCUCUAAAAUUUAAAUGUCUUUGAAUCUGAGGUUGGUUAUAAAGUGCAAACACACUCAAAAGGUGAGUUGGUAUCGGCUUGCGUAAAUAAUGGAGUGAUUUCAUAAAUUGUUGUCAACCAGUUUUGUACUGUAUAUUCUUACAGCAUACAUGAAGUUAUAUAUUCUUACGGCAUAUAUGAAAUUAUAUAAGCAAUAUUGAAAAACCAGGGAGACAAAAUCAUGCUAAGAAAACCAGGGAGAUAAUUUAAUACCUAGAUUGUUGACCUUGUGGCAGAUUUUGUGUUGGUUUCAUUGUUCCCCCUGCUGAGCAAGCUACUAUUAUCUUUGCAUUUUUAUCUAAUUGUUCACCAACAGCUGGCCGCAUGAAUCAAAUAUUUAGUUUCAGAAAACAAGAAAUGCACGAAUUCAAGAACUGCGCGUUGAGGCAAAUUCAUCUUACACUUGAUAAACUCGGGAUUCUCUUCUGUGCCAGAGAAAAUACCAAAAAAUGCAAAUGCAGCACGUCUGGCAAUGUCCCAGGCUGUCCAUUCUUUUAUAAGCCUGUAUACUUGCACAUUAAUUGCAUCCGGGGGAUGGCCCUGCAUUCAUCAUAGUCAAAUCCAUCAGUUUCUUUUCUUCUUAGUACCCUAUAUUACAAUCGAUUAAACCCAAGUAGAAGCACAAGAGAGACACAGAAAAUGCAACAUGAAUGUACAGGCACAUUGGAGCUGGAAAACAAGGCUUGUAAAACUUGUUCACUAACCUCCUUGAACUCUGCUUCUGGCCUUACAUCAAGAAUCACAAAAUUAUUUUCUUUUUGAAGGCGCAGAGCUUCCUUUGGCUCCACACUUUUUACCUGCAAUAUUAGAUCAAAGAUAAACUUGCAUGUGAUAUAAAUGAGAAAUCACAUAUCCAAAGAUUGUACUAUAUCCGAUCCUUGCUGUUUAUUAUUAAAUAGAAUUUCAUAUGCUUCGCCCAACAUUUCAAUCUUUUAGUUAUCAUGAAAUUUCUAUUUGCGCACUUUAAUAUAAAUGCUAAAGGCGCAGGUGUUCUUAUUUGUGCAUUCAGGAGAGUAUGCGGGGCACAGAUGAUAGAGAGGUAGAGCUUUACCCUUUUUUGCAGCAGUAAUUCUCGCUUAACUUUCCAUUCUUCUUCAGCUAUUACCUCCAAACAAAGUGAAGUUAAGUUAAGUUUCUAUCACGUCUUUAAAGUGCUGUAACAAUUUAAUUCAGGAAGAGUAACUCAGAACAGAUACCUGGUGACUUGGCUGGUUUUGUGGCUGCGCUCUGGACUGUAAUCCCUCUUGCAAAGUUCAGUUGUGAUUUUUGAGAAGUGGGUUUGUAUGAUCUCACUCUGACACACCAUGAAUUUUGAUCACGUGUACCUUCUAAGGAAGGUACCAAGGAUUGUAAAUAUGAUGUGGAUGGAUAUUGUAGAGCAGUUGAUGUAAAAGCCAUGCUUUGAAGCUCUCAGUUUCGACAGAUAAAUAAGAUAAUUUUAAGUUUAAGUAGCUAGUUCAAUGGAAGUACUUGGGAUCAGACUACUGC